CAACGCGGCGCGGUCGCCAUUGAGGGAAGGAUUUCGUCACAGCCCGCCCGGCGCUGGAGGCUGGUCCAGCCCCAGGGGCUCAGUCACUGGCGUCAUUGGCUCAGGCGUCAGGUUCCUCAUCACCUUGUCCCACCUAGGUGCGGAUGGGCAGCUGCGGAGGCGUCAGGGGGAAGAGCCGCCUGGAGCGCCCUUUGUCUGUGGAGGCUGUUAUGCCUUCUCAGAAUGCUGUACUUCCCUGGAAAGGGAACACGGAGGAGAAGGAAACAAAUGAUGGAUCACAGAUGGUUAGGUUCCAGGAAUCACUGACAUUCCAGGAUGUGGCUGUGGACUUCACCAGAGAGGAAUGGGACCAGCUAUACCCUGCUCAGAAGAAUCUAUACCGAGAUGUGAUGCUGGAGAACUAUAGGAAUCUGGUCACACUGGGGCAUCAACUUUAUAAGCCAGAGGUGAUCACUCAGUUGGAGCAAGAGGAGCAAUGGAUGAUGGAAAGAGGCAACUCAGUGGAUACUCAUCCAGAUGGGGAGACUAGACCUGAAAUGAAAAAAUCAACUCCAAACCAGAAUAUUUCUGAUGAAAAUCAAACCCAUGACAUGAUAAUGGAGAAACUAACAGGAGACAGUUUCUGGUACUCCAUCUUUGGAAGACUCUGGGAUUUUGAUUACCAGUUAGAGUAUAACCAAGAAAACAAGCAGAAACAUUUAGGACAGGUAUCUUUUACCCACAAAAAUAUCACACAGGUGGAAAGCCUUGAAUGUAUUAGAUUUGGGGGAAACUAUAAUCUAAAUUCAAACCUUAUUAUGCAUCAAAGAAUUCCUUCAAUUAAAAUAUCCCUUAAUUCUGAUACACAAGGAAAUAGCAUCAAAAAUAAUUCAGGCUUGAUUUACUAUCAGGGAAAGUAUGUAAGAGAGAAUCCUUAUGUAUAUAAUGAGUGUGGAAAAAUCUUCAAUCAACAUAUUUUUCUUACUAAUCAUAUUCAUGCUGAAGAGAAACCCAGUGAAUGUGGGAAGGCCUUUGGCCAUAACUCAUCUCUUGCUCAACCUCAGGUAGUCCUUACAGGAGAGAAGCCCUAUAAAUGUGAUGAAUGUGGGAAAAGAUUCAGCCAGAGGAUACAUCUUAUUCAACAUCAACGAAUUCACACAGGAGAAAAACCUUUUAUAUGCAAUGAAUGUGGAAAAGCUUUUCGUCAACAUUCUUCCUUUACCCAACAUCUGAGAAUUCAUACUGGAGAGAAGCCCUAUAAGUGUAAACAAUGUGAUAAAGCCUUUAGCCGUAUUACAUCCCUUACUGAACAUCACAGGCUUCAUACUGGAGAGAAACCUUAUGAAUGUAGUUUUUGUGGGAAAACCUUUAGCCAGAGGACACAUCUUAAUCAGCAUGAGAGAACUCAUACAGGAGAGAAACCUUAUAAAUGCAAUGAAUGUGAGAAAGCCUUUAGUCAGAGUGCACACCUUAAUCAACAUAGGAAAAUCCAUAUCCGGGAGAAAUUAUGUGAGUAUAAUAAAUGUGAAAAAACCUUAAGCCACAAUCCUUCACUUACUCAACAGCAUGUAACUCAUGGCAGGGAAAUCAUAUGAAUAUAUAAAUAUAGGAAACUUUUUGAUAAGACCUUUUCAUUCCAUUCAAUAUCAAAUUAUUCAUAGCAUAGAGGAAGCUUAUCAAACUUUUAAUGCAUAGAAACCAAGCAAUUUAGAUCUUAUACUAGUAGCAUAUUAUAUUCUAGGAAAGUGUUUAAAUAGUGAAAAUAUUUUAUAAACAAGAUUAUAUUAGGAGUCACAUUCCAAAUCUGAUACAAAACUGUUUUUAAUACUGUAGGCAAUAAUCUAUAAUUAUUCAUCUAUGAGUUUUAUGGUAUAAAGUUUUUAAAUGAUACGAGCAUUGGUUAAUCAAGGCAGCGAUAUAGUGUAACCAGUCACUAAACUUGAAAUUAUCAGAAAAGAGCACUAUUUCUCAAUAUUACAGUUUUUAACCAUAGUGUUUACUUAAUAUUUUUCUUUAAAAGGACUCAGAAUUUUUAACCUUGUCCUAGGAAUUACUAUUUGUGUAAAUUACGAGUUUCAUAUGCUAAUUAUAUUUGUUCUAAUUUCCAUCAAAGUAAAUAUAUAACUUUGAAAUUAAAAAUAUCCAUUAGUGUAUCACCUAAAUCUGUACCAUUUGAGAAACAAUGUGAUAGGACAUGGCAAUAUUUUAUUACUUUUUUAGCAAUCCUUGCAUUAUUUUCAUAGGACUUUCAAACAAGUCCUAGAUUCACUUUUUAAAAAGUCUUGGAGGAGACUGAGGGUCAUACUGAUGAACUUUGACAAGUGAUGCAGAAAAGUCUACUUUUCUAUCCUGUUCUAAUUUUAAACAGAUUUUUUAAUUAAUAUUGUUAUUUCUGCUAUAUUUGCAGGUUUGAAUAGAGAAGAGGUGUUCGUUGUUUUUUUUAUAAUUACCAGAGGCUAAGAAUACCUAUGCCUCCCUGCACCACUAUGUAUAUAAUGAGUGUGGAAAAAUCCAUGUAGAUGUGCCCUACGGUACAUGGGGUAGUAAACUAUACCAGAGGGUGAGCUGGCAUCCCAUUCUUAGUGAGGCUAAGAACCAGCAAAGAGCCUUGCCAGUUUUAUAAACAAUUAAGGAAAUAUUACUAAUUGGCUUGAUAGUUCAUUUUCCUUGUUGAAAUAUAUUUAUGUAACACCUUUUCCCAAAAUGAAUUUAAGGUGGCUUAAUUUGGUUUUUAUUAUAUUGCCUUGACAGAAAUCACAUUUUUUUUUUUUUAUUUUAAUAAUUAUUUUUUAUUGAAGGGUAGUUGACACACAGUAUUACAUUACAUGAGUUUCAAGUGUACAACACAGUGGUAGAACAUUUAUAUACAUAAUUCUAGGUUCCAGCUAUCACCCUACCAGGCUGUAACAAUAUCUUGACUAUAUUCCUUAUGCUAUACAUUACAUCCCGGUUACUAAUUUAUUUUACCAUUGGAAGUCUGUCCUUUUUUUUUUUUUUUUUUUUUUUUUUUUGUGAGGGCAUCUCUCAUAUUUAUUGAUCAAAUGGUUGUUAACGACAAUAAAAUUCUGUAUAGGGGAGUCAAUGCUCAAUGCACAAUCAUUAUUCCACCCCAAGCCUAAUUUUUGUCAGUCUCCAAUCUUCUGAGGCAUAACAAACAAGUUUUUACAUGUAGAACAAAUUCUUACAUAAUGAAUAAGUUACAUAGUGAACAGUACAAGGGCAGUCA